AUGUUCUUCGGGACAAAUCGGGACGAGGGAGUGCCAGGUUUAACUGAUAAGAAACGGAAAAAUAAAGAUUUCAAGGAUGCCAAGAAGAAAGAUGGCAAUGCUCCUCCAGCUGAUCGGAUUCCGAUGCCGCCUUUACCUGAAAGUGUUCUCAACGAACGGAGGGCUCAGGCUAAAGAAAUGAGUAAAAAGGUAGUCCAUACACUGUUCUUUUACAUUUUUAGUACUCAUUAUGUUUCAUGGCCAAUACAAAGUAAUAUAAAAUAUCAUAGUAAGAACAUAAUUUAAGGUGAAAAUUGGACCUGAGAACCCGCCUUCUGUGUGCUUGUAUACGAUUCUGAAUGCUCCUGGAGGUGUAUGUUCAGCAGCUUUGACAGAAAAUUGUGAAAUGCUAUCAAUUGGCUACGGAAAUUCGUCAAUACAAGUUCAUUCUUUGAACCAGAAAGGACUCCCUCUUCUAAAGUCAUCGUCCGAGUUGGAACAAGUAGACCUUGAAGCGGAGACAGAGCUGACGGAGGAGAUAUUCGACCACAAUUCCAAGGAUGAAGUCGUGGAAUUCACAGUAGGUGUUUGAUUUUCCUAAUUGGCUUUGAAACGACUCGAAUGUUAUAUUAUUCUUGUUUUAUUUGUUUUAGGGACACUUGGGACCAGUUUAUUCUCUGAGCUACUCUCCCGAUCGUCGACUGUUGCUGAGCGGGUCGAGAGAUGAAACGGUCAGAUUGUGGAGUAUCGAAAUGCGUCGCAAUCUGUUGGUCUACAGAAUGGAUGCUCCAGUGCUGAGGUCUUUGUUCUGUUCCAGAGGAUUCUACUUUGCAGUAAGUACGGCGUCGAAGUUGGUGUCGUUAUACUCAUCCGAGAAGAACAUACCAGUUCGUAUCUUCUGUUCAGCUCAGGAGGACGUCACUGGACUUGACUUUCAUCCUAAUUGUAACUACGUUGUGGGAGGGAGUGACGACCAUGAUGUAUAUGUAUGGGAUGUUCUUAAUGCAGCUUGUGUUCGAAAGUUCAGCGGGCACAAGGCUCCGGUUCAUACAGUAAAAGUGAGUUUUUGGCUUAUUUUUUAAUUUUGGUAAUGAUUUUAAGUUUGUGGGCUUUGAUAAGCUGGUAUCUAGCCUUUAAACUAUAUGUACGAGCAAUUUUAUAAAUUUUUACAAAAUAUUGUAGGUAUCACCCGAUGGGCGGUACAUAAUAUCAGUGAGUACGGAUGGUCUGAUGAAUGUGUGGGAUCUGGGCCAGCAAAAGUUGCUUUGUUCUCAGGAAGGUCCCCCCAUCCCCUUUCAAGUCCCCAUUACCUUCUCCAAGGACGGUUCUGUGUUUGUGAUCGGCAGUCCGGAACACGCUGUCAGCUUCUACAACUUCGACCAAGUGACUUCGUACGGGUCGGAAAUGAUGACACCUGAACAACGACUGAAUCCAGAAGGCUUUAACAUGUUCACGUAUCCUACCAAACGAACCUCACCGCUCGACUUCAGCUUCUCCAAGAAGAACACGGUGGUGGGGGUGGGGGCGUUCGAUGUGUGA